UCAGAGGCCUGUGAUAAAUCGCAAUGCAUUAUCGAUAAUAAUAAUUACGUUGACAUGCGCAUUUCUACUUGAGGGGCUAAUUUUCCGAGCCGAAGAAUUUGGAGAAGAAGGGGAGGAAAAGUGUCCGGAUGGUCGCAGCAUGUCGAGGCGCAAACAAGCCAAACCACAGCACAUCAACUCCGACGAGCCCGGUUCGGCCCAGACUGGGACUCUACAAGAUGAUCCAGCUGAAGAGACAGGAAACGACGUGAAGAGGCUGAGGAUGGAGGACACCAGAGUCUGCAACAAGUGUUGCGCCGAAUACUUUGACGAAGCAGAAUUUCUCGAGCAUGAAAAAAAUUGCACUAAAAGUCAACAAGUGGUCAUCAUGAAGGAGGGAGACUGUGGUGAAGUGCUGGAGGAAUAUUCCCAGGGUUCUCCCGAUGGCUUAAACAGCGAUCAUGAUGAUAGCCAGUCCAGUAAUCAUUCCAAUACAGACCAGCUGGAGAGGACGGAGGAAGAGUCCAGCAUGAACGCAGAGGACUCUGUGCACCAGGAUCAGGGAGAAAUGCCUGGCAGUCCUGAGAUGGCUUUCCAGCCUUCACCCAAAAUGCAAGAUUCAAACGUCACCCUGGAAACUAUGGCUGACACUAAAGUGGCCGUGUCCCAGCAUUCUUCAAAUACCUCGGUGACGUCACCACAGGAAGUGCUGCAGGCCAUCCCCGUCAUCCUGGAGCAGCUGGUGUGUCUGCAGCAGCAGCAGCUACAACAGAUCCAGAUCACAGAGCAGAUCAGAAUCCAGGUAGCCAUGAUGACCCCGCAGGGUCUGCAGUCAUCUGUGGGGACAGCCAUGGACCCUCUGAAAGCUCUCGGUGCUCAUCUCUCUCAGCAGCUGUCUGCCGCAGCAGCUCUGAUUGGAAAAAGGACUGGGAGUCAGAGCCUGUCCAUGGAGACCAUAAAACAAGGUAAACUACCUCUGCCCGCUGGUAUCGGCGCCUCACUGGGAUCAGUGGCUUCUAAAUCAGACAUUUUGAAGAGCGUUCCAGAUCUAAGCAGCCGUCUACCAGCUCUGCUGCCCCAGUCUCCGGCCGUCCUGGGUUUCCCCAGCUCCUUUAACGGGAUCCAAGCGGGGAUCGAGUCCUCUAAGAAGCUGAAGACCAAGAUGCUGUCCCUCCCACCAGAACCAAAGAAUGUAGAAUCGCUGUACAAGCACAAGUGUAAAUACUGUGGGAAAACGUUUGGGAAUGACAGCGCCCUGCAGAUUCACCUACGCUCCCACACGGGCGAGAGGCCUUUCAAGUGUAACAUUUGUGGAAACCGCUUCACCACCAAAGGAAACCUCAAAGUCCACUUCCAGAGGCACAAAGACAAGUAUCCUAACAUAAGCAUGAAUCCUCAUCCUGUACCGGAGCACCUUGACAAUAUUCCCACCAGCAGUGGCAUUCCUUUCGGAAUGUCUGUGCCCAUAGAAGAGUCCAAUCUCACUGAAAUGAAGCCCAUCCUCAGUCAUCCUGCUCCUGGCUUCAACCCGUCACCCAUGUCUGGAUUUAAACCUUUUGAUGCAUACGGUGGUGACACAUUUUCCCAGAAGCCCUCCCCAUCUACAAGUGAAGGCUCCCCGUCCAUCUCCUCUGUAUUUGGCCAAGAAUCUGGUCAGGAUCCCAAUCAGAAGGAUGCUAAAGAACUCCUUGGAGCGCUGCAUCACAUGAAUGGCAGUGCCCUCCCAGGAGAAGCCAGCUCUGGAACCGCUAAGCUACAGCAGAUGGUGGACGGUCUGGAAAAAAGGACCGACGAUCCCAACGAGUGUGUGAUCUGCCACAGGGUGCUCAGCUGCCAGAGCUCGCUGAAGAUGCAUUACCGCACACACACCGGAGAGCGGCCCUACAAGUGCAAAAUCUGUGGUCGCGCGUUCUCCACCAAGGGCAACCUCAAGGCUCAUUAUGGGGUGCACAGAGCCAACACUCCUUUGAAAAUGCAGCAUUCGUGUCCCAUCUGCCAGAAGAAGUUCACCAACGCUGUGGUUCUGCAGCAGCACAUCCGCAUGCACAUGGGGGGGCAGAUCCCCAACACCCCCAUGCCAGAAAACCAGUUUGAAGCUGGAGAAGUGUUGGAGCCGUCUCUAUCAGAGGACAAGAACAUGGAUGUGAAUGGGUUUGACGCAAGCAUGGAAGAUCACGAGUCAGAGCUGACCUCCCAGAAGCCCAACGAUUCCUCAAAUUCCCUCCCGCCUGUCUCAGAGGAUCCCCAGAAGCUGGUGCCCUCCCCUGUGUUUUCCAGCCUGGACGUCCUGAAGAAUCUUACCUCUGCUCUUGCACUGAAAAGACAGAGUAGCACUGCUUCAGAGAGCGAGGGGACGUCCAAGGAGUCCCCACCGGAAAACCACAACGGCCGCAGUCCUGCCAUUUCUGACUCGGCCAUUUCAUUCCACUCCUCCUCCCCAGUGAACAACUUUGGGACUAAAUCCCCCGAGUCAGCUGGGGAUGAAUUUGGCUGCAGCGGGUCCAAACAGGAGUCCGAUGGCACACAAGAUGUCAGCGAGUCGGGUGGAGCUCUGGACCUCACAGCUUCCAGCAGCUUCAUCCCCAAAGUGAUCAAAGAGGAACCAGGAAUGCUGUUUACUAACGGAGACUACGCUCCCAGCACCAUCCCUUUCAUGAAGAUCCCAUCAAGUCUGGGCAGCAUGGAGAUGAAGAUUCCUUCAGAGAAUCCUUUGGGUCCUCACGGUCUGUUCAGCUCCCACAUGCCUCAGGGAACGGCCAUGUCCUCCUCCAUGUCCUCCGCACCACGCCGGUCCACCAAACAGCACACAUGUAACGCCUGUGGCAAGAACUUCUCCUCCGCCAGCGCCCUGCAGAUCCACGAGCGCACACACACGGGCGAGAAGCCUUUCGCCUGCAACAUCUGUGGCCGCGCUUUCACCACCAAGGGAAACCUGAAGGUUCAUAUAGGCACUCACAUGUGGAACAACUCUUCACGCCGUGGCCAGCGCCUGUCUCUGGAUAACCCCAUGGCGCUGAUGGCCAUGAACUCUGAAGCCAAGAUGGUGCCAGACAUCAUGCAGGCACCCAAAGAGCUGCCUGCACCACCCAUGAACUUUGACCCAUCUCUAUGGAACCAGUACGCUGCUGCUGCCUUCAGCAGCGGCCUGACUAUGAAGACCAAUGAAAUUUCUGUCAUCCAGGGAGGUGGCAUCCCGCUCCCCGGGAGCCCCGCCGGCGGGCCUCUGAUCGGAUCCACUGGGGGCCUGAUGAAGAUGGACGGAUCCCACUCGGGUUUGCCUGCCACCAUGGCUGAAAGCGAGAAGAAUGGGUCUGACGGGGUACCCAAAGCCCACUUCCCACAUUUCAUGGAGGAGGGUAAAAUCGCAGUCAACUGAGGUCUCGCUUUCAUCUCUUCUUCAGAUGGUGUUUUCAGAUGAGGUACAAUCACAUGUCCAGAAGAAAACGGCUCAAUGAUUCUCAAGUGUUGUGUUUAGCUGAACUUGGUUAAAACUACUGUAGUUGUAUUUUUUAUUUUAUAUGAAUAUAUAUGCGGGUAUUUCUUUUUUUCUGUGACUUUUUGUUUUUGCUGUCUAUCCAGAAGUUUGAAUGUACAAAUUACUUGAAACUGCGUUAAUUCAAACUCGAUGACUUUGAAGGAUUUUGACUUGACUUGGAAAAUGUUUCAGGGCACCUGUCUGAGCAGUUUCCAACUCGGUUUCAAGUAGUAAACUGUAGAAGUCCAAAGACUACUUUUCCUCCUGCUGUGUGCCAUAGCUUUUAUGACAUUGUACAUGUAUAUGGUAGUGUUAAAUGUCAUCUUUUUGUCUCAUUUUGAAAGUAAUUGAUCAUUCGGAUUAUUCCACUGUCUUGUUAAAAUUGUGUGUGAGAAGUUGUUCCUGAUCUGAAGGAACUGUGCUGCAUUCAUGGCACUAUCAGUUUUUAGUUUUUUUUUU